GGGAGGAGGAGUUGAGGAGAGCCGCAGAGAAACUGAGGCUUCCAGUCUCUCACAAGGAGGUGCAGGCCUUCSUGGAGAAGGYUGGCGACCGUGUGACGUUGGACGACUUUGCCAAGUUCGUCACGGGAAUGGAGGACCGCCUGCAUACCAUGUUCAGGGAGCUGGAUAGACGACACACUGGCCUCGUGUCGAAGGAGGAUAUUCCGGAGGCCCUUAGAAGACUUGACAUAAAGCCGAGGAAAGUGUACYAGGACGAUCAGUUGGUCAGCCGCARCGUAGGCAAGGCGCCUUCCCAGGGGUUUGGAUUCGAAGAUCUGCGGACGUACCUCCUCUGGGCCAAGGAUGCUGAGGAGGUGUUGGAUUCGGGGUCACGUGCUCGAGCAGCCAUCGACUUCGGUGGGGACUUGGAUUGCAACCUGCCCCUCGCUUUGGAGACUCGUGCUGCCAGGCCCAAUCUCCGCUUCCCUGAGAUGCAAACUACGAGAGAUGUGCUGGCUGCAUGCAUCUCCGCUGCRGUGAGUCGAACCCUCGUCGCUCCCUUAKAGAGGGUAAAGAUCUUGCAAAUGGUGGACCCCAGUCUGGCGCUGCAGGACCCUCGGGUCUUAUUGGACACCAUGCGAAUCGCUGAGGGUGACAGAGGUGCCUUCAGAGGAAAUCUCCUCAAUGUCCUUCGACUAUUCUCAGCCAAGGCGGUGGAGGGAGCAGUGUACAGGGCGCUGGCUGAUCUGUUUGACCGGAGGAAGCCUCGAGCUGCAGUACCCGGGUGGAGAGGGCAGAGGGAGGUCGGGCCAGCAGAGGAAAAGACAGAGAAGAAUGAGCGUGAAGUUACUCUCCUUCUCCCAGACUGGCAGUGGAACGUGAUGGCAACGCUUGCAUCGACCGCCGGGAUCCUGACGUCCUAUCCCAUCGACACACUGAGAGUUGCAGCUCAAGUGCCCAUCCGCGGCCUGGUUCUGUGGAGUGAAUUAAUGAUUGGAACAUUCCUUCCCGCGGAGUUAGUUCUGGUUUGAAAACUGGUGAGGCCCAAAGCCCGGAGGGUCUGUGUGUGAAAUUGGUGAUUAAUCAACACGUGUAAUCCGA